CAAAUUAUGACGCUUGCUGCCUAUAUGACAAGUCCCUAAGUGGUACAGGCUAUGCCGGCAGUACUCAAUUUAUGUACCGGUGUGGAAACUUUCCAGAUCCACACGGCGCAAAAGUGAUGAACACUGUCAGCAGCAUACAAGACUGUGCAGAGUUCUGUGCGAAGGACACUGGCUGCGCAGCAGGGGUAUGGGACUAUCGGGGCCACGGUACAUGCUAUACAACAACUGAAAUAAAGGCGAUGGAGCCGGAUCAGUUUAUGGUUCUGCUAGAGAAAAACGAGUCUAAUUGCCAGGACGAUGGAAGAUACUCUUGAGAAGUGCCAGGCUGCAGAGACACAGCAGGAAUAGGAGAAAGAGGCGUUGGAUAAAGCGCUUCAAACCUGGAGGUCUGGAGAAAUACCCAAUGACCACAGCUCGCUAUGCCCCACAAAAACUGCACAGUAUUCCUUCAAAACAGGAAGCAUCAAAACCCGCAAAUAUUGCGGGUUUUCGUUGAAGGGCUCUGGCGGGAUGUCGAAUCUUAAUUUAACGCCAUUCACAGCAUGUUUUGAAUAUUGCUCCAAGUACUCAUGCACGGCAAUUGCC